AUGCUGAAGCCUGUAGACAUGACAAGUGGCAGGUGGAGCGUGCUCCUCCAAUUCAUCAACGUGGUCAUUGGCAUUCUGAACUGGUUGCACGGCAUAAAGCAGACAGUGCCGACUGGCAAGCACACGUUCGCUCAACAAGCAGUUUUGAAAAACAUCGUGGAUCGCACAGUGUGGACACUCACACGCCUGCAACAUGCGCAAGAUGGCUGGGAGCGGUUUGUGCCAGAUUUUGUGCCAGGUUUCACUGCAGGUACAACUUCUUUCCAAGACUUGGUUGCUGACAGGGUGGACAACUUGCAAGCGGCUGGCUUAUGCGAUCCUUUGCCCCACUUGCCAGCCCAUGUAUGGCACGGCCGGCGUGUUUCAGAAUCAGCUUCUGCACCUCCAAAGCCGAGACACUUGGCUUCCCCAACUGCGUUGACCUUUCUGGAGUGCAGCGAUGGAAUACCACUACGCCUUAGCAAGCGCGAUGCUACGUGUUGGUUUGACCAGUUGAAGCUUCCCAGCUCUCUUCGUCGAUACAUGGCCAAACCGCCCAUCUCCACAGUGGAACUUGUCAAUGCUGGAAUGUCAGUGGCGGAUCAGCGGCAGCACAUGGAAGAUGGACAUGCUUGGCGCGAAGGUUUGCUAUAUCCUUUGCACUGCGUCUGGCCUAUGGGAUUUUCUUGGUCUUCUUACAUAGUCCAAGAAGAGAUGCUGAGUGUUUGUCAAGAUGCUGGCAUACCAACUUCAUCUCUCUUGGCUUGUGAUUGCGUGACACCUACAUCGUUUGAGCUUGUUGCUGCGGUGGCCACCGAUGAUGUCAUGAUUUUCAGCGACGCUGGCCCUGGUGCCACCUGUGAAGCAGCAAGAGCUUUCGAUGCAGCUAUGGAUGCACGAUGCGCAGUCCGAAAUCUUAAGAAGGACGUUGACGACGCGCUCUGUGGUACCUGUGUUGGGGUUGACUUAGUAGACGGAUACUUUCUGGAUGUGACGCUGGUCGCAGCUGGCGCGCGGGCGAUGAGCCAGAAGGAGGCUCAGCGCCAGUGUGCCAAGCUCUCGCAGAAGUGGAGGCUUUUGGCUGAAGCCGAGCCUCAAGGUUUGCAGCUGCAGCGAAGCUUUCAGUUCAAAGACUUCGGUGCAGCUUGGGGCUUUAUGUCGCGGGUGGCGCUGUGCGCGGAGAAGGCGGAUCACCAUCCGAACUGGAGCAACGUGUACUCCACGGUCGACGUGACGCUGUGGACGCACGACGCCCCGGGGCUCACCGAGAAGGACUUUGCUUUGGCCGCUCAGAUGGAUGCCAUUGCUGAGACCUCUGGUCUGGCGACCUCGCAGGAAGCGCGGGAUGCAGCUCUGAACCGCUUAGCUGAGGACACCGUUGGGACCAGCGGAGGUUCCGCACCCGACCUGGCAGGUUCCGCACCCACCGCACGUUGGGGUCACACCAUGGAGGGCUACGACACGGUGCGGAAGGGCGAACCGGUUCCGGUCGACACGGCGUUACGGGAGAACUGCUCCCGUGGGCUGGUUGGGCUCAAAGGUCCGACCCUGAACGACCGGAGCUCCGACCGGCACCGAUCGCAGGAGCUCGUGAUCUUCGGAGGCAUCGCCGAGGAGUCGGCGCUCCUCUCGGACGAGGGCGCGAGGUCGGACGAGAAAAUCUCAGUGGGGAUCUACGACAAAAGUCAAGACUUCCUGGCGCCGCUGGCGCCCGCGGAGGGCUGGGGAGAGCCCGGAAGCACCGUGGUGCACCACGUCUAUCACGUGGAGCACACGCCCUCUUGGGUGCACACGCCAACUGUGGUGCAUGUGCCUGGAGUGUCCGGAUCCUCCUUCGAUUCAUCCACCUUCGACAGCUUGUCAGGGGCACCCACCUUCCCCGAGAGCUUCUCGGGGUCCACCUUCGCUCACGGCUUGUCGGGGGCUUCGGCCUUUCCUGACUUGGCGGGAUCGCCCAGCUACGCCGACAGCUUCUCGGGGUCGGGCUUGUCUUACGUGCCGUCCCAAAGCACGGCCGAUGCGGUGGCGACGCACGGAGCGGGAGAGACUCCUGAAGAGACGUCGGAGCGCAUCCACAAGAUGGUGGAGCGAAUGUCCAAGUACGUGGCCUCCAAGUCUCCCGAUCCAGCCACCGUGCAGAUGGCACAGCGUAUGGAGCUCUCGGCCAGGAACGGCAUGUUGAGAGAAGAGGGCUAUGACAACAUUGCCACGAUUUUGUCGAAGGCAUCCAUGUUGUCGUCACCAAGUGCUCCGGUGUUCGAGACGGCGGCCACAAAGGGUUUUUUGGCCACGCGGGAGGAUUUGGAUUGGCUGCUCAAUCACUGCGGUGAAGCGGCGGUGGCUGGGGAGAAGAACAUGGAAGAGACCACCGCAGGAGGCGACACGCCCUGUCCCGCCGGCCAAGCGUGUAGUCCGACGAAGAGCUACGGUGCUGGCACGCCUUGGACCAAUUCCGAGGUGAAGUACUGCUUCGAUGUGCAGCUGGCGCCUAGCGCCAAGAGUGCCGUCGAGUGCGCCAUUACGAAGAUCAGGCAAGCCGUGCCUGGUAUUACCUUUACGAAUGUCGGGCAGCGAGGCUCUGGAAGCUGCAAUUCAAGGCCUGCGAUCUUCGUCCAGUCCCAGAACUCUGGGUGCUGGGCUAAUAUCGGCAUGACGGGCAGCUUUUCAGGCUUCUUCACCGGGAACCAGCAGUUGAAUUUGCAGACGCCGGGCUGCAACGACUGUGGCACAGCCAUCCAUGAGAUGCUGCACAGCAUGGGCAUGGCGCAUGAGCAGAGUCGACCGGAUCGAGAUAACUAUGUGACGAUCAACUGGCAGAACAUCCAGAGCAAUAUGCAUAGCCAGUUUGCCAAGGAUAGCUAUGCGGACACGAACCGGCCCUACGACAUUCUGUCGAUCAUGCACUACGGCCCAACCGCCUUCACCAGCAAUGGCAUGCCCUCAAUCACUGUGAAGCCGGCGGGCUUCGCGCUCUACACGCAAGAUCCUAAUCGAUAUCAGUACUAUCGAACGGGGCAGCGGAUGGGAAUGAGUGAGCGCGACAUCGGCCAGCUGAAGGAUCUCUAUCAGUGUACCACACCCAGCACCUGUAUGGGCAGCAAUAUGGUCGUGGUGACCUCGCAGCCGUCGAGCGCCGUGCGGCCACCGAGCCCCGUGGGGCCCAUCGGACCGAACUGGCCAGACAUGGGCGGCUUUGGCAACAUGCUGCAAGGUGACUCCUUGGUACAGCUCGUGGUGGCCGCAGUGGUCAUCAUUGUGCUUUGCUCCGCACUGAGCUGCCUGUGCUCCCGUGGUGGUACCUCCGUACCUUGGGCCGACCAGAGGCCUAGUGCCCGGUGCUUCCACGGGGCCUGCGUGGCCAAUGACCUCUACGUGGUCUUCGGUGGCAAUGAGGCCACCGACUUCAGUCAGCCGCUGAACGACCUCCACCUGUUGGAUCUCAGGAGUGGUACUUGGACCUCUCCCGAGACCAACGGAGAGGCUCCCUCCCCAAGGUUCGGUCACAAGUUGAUCCAUGGCCCUGACAAUCAGAUCUUCGUCUUUGGCGGCUCCACCAGUGCUGGUGCUGUUCCGGGCAGUCUUCAUUCCUUCAAGCUGUCCACCAACACCUGGUGUACGGUCCAGGUCCAAGGGACACCUCCCUUGGAACGCUCCUUCCACUCCUUUGACCUCAUCGGCAAGUGGGGCUUUUGCUUCGCAGGCUGCUCCCGUCAAAGCAGUGUGAGCGACUUGUACAUUUUGGACGUGCCGAACAUGCGCUGGGCACGACCGCUCUACGAGGGACAGGUCAAUUGCAGAGGGCAUGCCUCGUCGGUGCUGCAUGACAAGCUUAUUGUCUUCGGUGGCGUCAGAGAUAAGGUGACUCAGUCCUCGAGAGGAGCACCGGACGUGGAGUCCCACAUCUCCAAGAAGCUUUUCUUCCUCAAUGUCUUGGAGGUGAAGGGCGGAGUGUCCGAAGGUGACUUCAAGUUCAAACUCGUGACGGUCGGUGACUCCGGUGUCGGGAAGUCCUGCCUGCUAACGCGCUUCGUGCAGGACUACUAUUCGGACUGCCACAUCUCGACCAUCGGUGUUGACUUCAAGACGGUGGUGACCAUGGUGAAGGGUCGCCUCGUGAAGUUGCAGCUCUGGGACACCGCUGGGCAGGAGCGGUUCUCUGUGGUCACAGGCAACUACUACCGAAACUCGGAUGGCUUCAUUUUUGUGUACGAUGCCACCAGCAGGGCCAGCUUCGACCACGUGGAGCAAUGGCUCGGCCAGGUGCAGCAACACCACGAGUGUGGCCCCACGACGAUCAAGAUCUUGGUGGGGAACAAGUGCGACAUGUUGGAUGAGCUGCAGGUCACUGAGGAAGAGGGACGAGCCAAGGCUGAACAGAUGGGCGCCUUCUUUAUUGCGACCUCCGCCAAGACGGCGGCGAACGUGGACAUGGCCUUCUUGACGGCGGCGCAGAACCUUGUGGAGAUGAGGAGGAGACAAAAGCAGCCGGCAGCCAAAGCAGCUCCUGGGCAAUCGGGGCCAAUCGGCCUUGGGAACCCUGGGCCUGCGGGCGGAGGAGCCCCAAAGAAGGCCUGUUGCCAAGGAGGAGGCAACAAAGAGCCUCCCAGGAUUGGUGGACGAUAG